UGUUUUUUUUUGUUACCAAAGUUGUUAAAUAAUUAGGAAUAAAUUAUAUAUAUUAUAAUGUUUGCACUGCGUCAUAUAAGACACGAAAAGACAUUGUUAGGAAAAUGGAGUUGGAGUCGCUUGUGCAGCAAACAACAGGCAGUACCAGAAAACACCGCUACAGAUGCGGAUGCAGAAAAACAAAAACGCCAGCAAUUACUGAAUGAUCUCGCAGAGCCAUCAAACGAGAGAACGCGGCCCCUUAUCGAUCCGAAGGAGACAAGCGUUGUACUCUUUCCCGGUCAGGGCACUCAAUAUGUGGGCAUGGCAAAGGAUCUGCUGCGUUUUCCGGGCGCACGUCGCAUUUUCGAGCUCGCUAACGAGGUGCUCCAAUAUGAUUUGCUCAAAAUUUGUCUGGAGGGACCGCGUGAGAAGCUUAAUCGCACCGAAUAUGCGCAGCUGGCGGUGAUGGUCUCUUCUCUAGCUGCACUGGAGCAGCUACGAGAGGAGCGACCCAAGGCCAUUGAGAGUUGUGUGGCCACGGCGGGCUUCAGUCUGGGAGAGAUUACAGCCCUGGUUUUUGCAGGUGCCUUACCAUUCGAUAAGGCACUGCGAUUAGUGCAGGUACGGGCCACAGCCAUGCAAGCUGCUUGUGAUCAGGCGCCGGGCGCAAUGGCUAUGACGUUGUAUGGACCGGACACGAAUCUGAGUGCAGCCUGUGCGAAGGCGCAGCAAUGGUGCAUGGAUCGUGGCGUGGAGUCGCCCUACUGCGGCAUUGCUAACUACAUGUAUCCCCAUUGCAAGGUCAUUGCCGGCCACGUCGAGGCCCUGGAGUUUCUGGAGAAGAACGCCAAGGCACUUAAGAUACGGCGCAUGAAGCGCUUGGCUGUCAGUGGCGCCUUCCACACCCCACUUAUGGAGAGCGCUGUAGAACCCUUUGCCAAGGCCUUAAAGCGCAUAUACCUGCAGGAUCCCAUUAUACGCGUUUACUCCAAUGUCGAUGGCAAGCCCUACAAACAUGCCACGCAUAUCCUUAAGCAGCUGCCAAAACAGAUUGUACGUUCCGUCAAAUGGGAGCAGACUCUGCACGAGCUCUACGAACGCAAGCAGGGCGUCGACUUUCCACGAACCUUCGAGUGUGGACCGGGCAAGGGAUUGCUUCAGGUCCUGGAGAAGGUUAAUGCAAGAGCAGCUCAAACGUCAUUCAAUGUAACGGCGUGACGGAAAUAAUUCAAUCAAUAAAGUUUUUCAGUUUGUUUUUAUAAAA